GCCUGCGCAGGCGCACGCUCGCAAGAUGGCGGCGGCUGGAGCGGUCCGUCUAAGGCGAGCGGCAUCGGCUCUGCUGCUCCAGAGCCCGCGCCUGCCGGUCCGGGAGUUGUCAGCUCCGGCCCGGCUCUAUCACAAGAAGGUUGUUGAUCAUUAUGAAAAUCCCAGAAAUGUGGGGUCUCUUGACAAGACAUCUAAAAAUGUUGGAACUGGAUUGGUGGGGGCUCCAGCGUGUGGUGAUGUAAUGAAAUUACAGAUUCAAGUGGAUGAGAAGGGGAAGAUCGUGGAUGCCAGGUUUAAAACAUUUGGCUGUGGUUCUGCAAUUGCCUCCAGCUCGUUAGCCACCGAAUGGGUGAAAGGGAAGACGGUGGAGGAAGCCCUGACCAUCAAGAACACAGAUAUCGCCAAGGAACUGUGCCUCCCCCCCGUGAAACUGCACUGCUCCACCCAGCAAGGAAAGCAUGAUUGUCCAGUUUUACAGAAGAGAAAGUUGAUCCGCAGAGGCUCAGAAACUAACCUGGAAUCCCAGUGCUGGCUGAAGAUGCGAUCAAGGCCGCCCUGGCUGAUUACAAACUGAAACAAGAACCCAAGAAAGGCGAGGCGGAGAAGAAGUGAGCCCCUGCGAAGCUUCCACUGUGUGUCCACCGCUCGCCCCUCGCCGUGCUGCCGCCUCAGACCUGAGAAGUCCCCGGUACAGUGAAGCUCCUAGGCCGCAGCACGUUCGCUGUUCGCGUUGCGGCUCUAAUCAAGCAAAAUACAGUUUAUUGUUCUGAAUCCUGUAGUUUCUUUCAGCCCGCUUGUAUCACCUUGACCCCGCUCCUGUGUGUUCUGAAUUGUGUGGAGGGCCUCAGAACUGAGAGCAGUAUGAAGUCUUGAGUGGGCCAGUCUGUGAAAUGUGCGAAGAUCUAUUUUACCAGGGUCUGUUGGGGAGAACUGCCAAUAGAGUGCUUUGGUGUAGUGUUUGACAGAACCAAGUAUUGUGCAUAAGACAGAUCUGCAGAUAUAUAAUAAACAAAGGAAUGUACGACUGUUUCUCUGCUAA